GCCAGUACGAGCUGCUGCGGCAGCUCAUCGAUGAACUGCCGCUGCCUUCGGAUCCGCCGCUCAUUGAUGAGAUCGGUGUUCAGGCCUUGCGCUCUGCAGAUCCGCCUGAAGCGGUUGGGCGGGAAGAGCACGGCAAACGUUGGCAUGUUGGUUGGACAACUUUGAGCGAAGAUGGGCGAUGUGCUCUGAGCGGUCACAGCCUUCAGGCACUUGAUAUUUCACGCGAGGAGGAGGCCUUGUUGGAGCGCAUGGUGAUUAAGCUUGCGGUCGACGGGGUGAAGAACUCGGGCAAGCGCUUCAAACGAUUCAAGAAGUGGCUGGAAGACCAGCCUCCAUUUGAUAUCGUCAUCGACGGGGCAAAUGUUGGCUUCAACAACCAGAACCGAGAAGGUGGUUUGUUUCAAUAUAGCCAAAUCGAUGCCGUCAUUCACAAGCUGCGAGAAACAGGGAGCCGGGUGCUGCUGGUACUACACCCCAAGUGGUUGCGUGCAGAUGCGGAUCGCACAGUGACCAAACGAAAAAAGCGGAAACUUGAUCAGAUCAACCUGGAGUCAGGACUCGGAUCAUCUGAGGAGUCGCCGGAGGAUCAUGAGGAUGGGGAGCCGGAGAUCCAAUAUCCCUUUGACCCCAUCACUGAUGCCGAGCGAAGCGCGCCCUCUGGCACACCCCUCGGCUUCAUCCGACAGUGGAAGGAGUCGGAAUGUUUAGUUCGUGUGCCCGCAAAGGACUGCGAUGACUGGUACUGGUUGUUCGCUGCGCUUUCGUCAUCUCGUCGAGGAGCUAGGCAUGUGCAGGUGGUUAGCAACGAUCACAUGCGGGACCAUCACUGGCGGAUGGUUGGCAACCGCUCGUUCCUGAAGUGGCAAGGAAGGCACAUGACCAGGGUCAGCAUUUGGUCCGAAACCUCAGAUGCGGAGAACUGCAAAGUCACGCUGACACCGCCAGACCUGUACUCCAUGCAAGCACAGGUCUCAUGCGAUGGUAGCCACUGGCAUUUUCCAGUCCCAACGCUGCCAAGCCGAGCGCAGCAGCUUUCCUCUGGACGUCCGUUACCACGCAAGGAGAUUGAGUCUGCUGAGUGCCACUGGCUUGUUGCCUGGCACAUGAAGUGA